UAGGUUGUUUGUGGAGAAAUGAUGGCUGAUAGGCACCAACAUCCUUCUGUCAUGCAAAAGGUUGCUGGACAAUUUCAUCUCGGUUCGAACCUUUCACAAGAUGUUCGAUACCGGUACGGAGGAUUCCGAAGGCCUGUCCCAAAUCAGAGGCGUUUUGCAUCUGCAAGUUGCAAUGCAGCACUACGGCAUCCCAUGACACAGGCAUGCCGAGUAAACUAUGAUCUCUCGAUUGUUGGUUUGAGUUCAUCGCCUUUAUGUGUCCAGGCUCCAUCGGAGAAAGGCAUUUCGGGUUUCGCGAUCGAUUUUCUCAUGGGCGGAGUCUCUGCUGCUGUGUCCAAAACUGCUGCUGCACCUAUUGAACGUGUCAAGCUCUUAAUUCAAAACCAGGAUGAGAUGAUUAGGGCGGGUCGGCUUUCCGAACCUUACAAGGGAAUUGGUGAUUGCUUUAAAAGAACAAUGGCAGAAGAAGGCGUGAUGUCAUUGUGGAGAGGAAAUACGGCUAACGUGAUCCGUUAUUUCCCAACUCAAGCCUUGAACUUUGCCUUCAAGGAUUACUUCAAAAAGCUGUUCAACUUUAGGAAGGACCGUGAUGGUUACUGGAAGUGGUUUGCUGGGAACUUGGGAUCCGGUGGUGCAGCGGGUGCCUCUUCCCUUCUCUUCGUCUAUUCCCUGGAUUAUGCUCGAACUCGUCUUGCCAACGAUGCCAAAGCUGCAAAGAAAGGUGGGGAGAGGCAGUUCAAUGGUUUGGUUGAUGUAUACAAGAAGACUCUUCAGUCAGAUGGUAUUGCUGGCCUUUACCGCGGUUUCAACAUUUCAUGUGUCGGUAUCAUUGUGUACCGAGGUCUAUACUUCGGAAUGUAUGAUUCUUUAAAGCCAGUGAUCCUUGUUGGCAAGUUGCAGGAUAGCUUCUUCGCUAGCUUUGCUCUGGGUUGGGUUAUUACAAAUGGUGCCGGUCUUGCCUCCUACCCGAUCGACACAGUCCGCAGAAGAAUGAUGAUGACAUCGGGUGAAGCCGUCAAGUACAAGAGCUCAAUGGAUGCGUUCACGCAGAUCCUUAAGAGGGAGGGCACGAAGUCUCUGUUUAAGGGAGCCGGUGCAAACAUUCUGCGUGCGAUUGCUGGUGCUGGUGUGCUUGCAGGCUAUGAUAAGCUCCAGAUGAUUGUUUUCGGAAAGAAGUACGGUUCUGGUGGGGCAUGAUCAUGCCAACUACAGAUGGUGAUCAAAUUCAUAUGCAAAUUUAUCUAUUACCUUCCACAUUUUGUCUUGCUGAUCGCAAAUAUAUAUAAUAUUUUUCUCAUUUGAAUAACUUAGUUUAGAGGGGUUGUCUAGUCUCCUAGAAGAACAUUGUGGUGCUCUUGGGAUGAAAUUUUUACCCCAUUUAUCUUAACUAUUUGAGUGGUUGUAACCUUACAUAUUACAUCACUACUUUUUG